UAGCCAGCCAAAAUCACUAAUGUUUGUCCAAGUUGCUUUUAUUGAGCCAAGAAACAUCCUACAAUUGCAAAAAUAGAAUUUAUUUGCUUCUGGGAAAGUAAUUACAAGUCCUUAAUUCAGACCAAGAUAUCUGAUGUACGUGCAUAAAUGUAGAUGGGCCACAGAGGCCGAGUGGUUCAACGAUGUCCCGACACUUUAUCACUAGCUCUCUACCUCUUGGUUGCAAGUUCGCAUGCAGAGCAGCUGCCUGACGCGUUAACACAAUGGCCAGCAAUCCCUCAGCACCACCACCUUCUUAUGAGGAAGCAAUAAAUUCAGGGAUUUAUUACCAAGUGACUCAUAGUGAUGUGCCACCUCCAUAUGUCUUUGACAAUUACGCAUCUGAUUUACCAUCAGUAGAAACUCUGCCUCCUCCUUUAGCUGGCCCGUCAACUGAGGGUGCAGCCGCUCAACCUGGAAUCUUUGUGAUUCAACCACCUUCUGCACCCAGUUCAAGCCAAGCAGGUCCAAUUCCUCCAAAACCAAAAACUCCCAAACCAACUGCAAAUCCAACCCCUAAUUCCAACUCUACCCCUGCUUCAAAUCCAACCCCAGCCUCACGUCCGAACCAAGUCAGCCAGUCAAGGAACCAAAAUGCCCGAAGACCAUUAACCCUCGAUGACAAAGAAGCUCGUCGUGGAUUUUUCCAUCGUAUGUACCUGGUACUGGUGGUGCAGGCUUGUUGUAUCCUGGCCAUUGGAGGUGGAAUCUACAGCAAUGAAUACUUGAGGGACAAGAUAGCAUCAGAUCCUGAUACCUACAGGGGAUUGAUCAUAGGUUUAAUGAUUGCUUCCAUUUUCUUCACCUGGACGAUGACAGAGAUAAGGAAAAAACACAAACCUGCCGCUAUUAUCUUCAUGAUUGUUUUUAACCUGAUUCUGAGCUUUGCUGUUAUGGCCCUGGCCUGUCUCACUGGCAGUAUCGCUCCAUUGGUUUUUUAUGGAAUAACAGCUGGCCAUGGUUUAGUUGUACAGAUAUUUCUUUACCAGAAAAAGAUUGCCUUUACUUUGAUAUCUGGAAUGAUCUUCACAUUUGUGACAGUGGCCGUUUUAUUUGGAUUGUCAGUUCCUAUAUUUAGUUCAAUGACAGCAUGUUUGAUCGGGGGAGCUGUUGCCUUGUUUUUUGGAUGGUGGGUGAUGAUUCUCAUCUGGUGUAUGAUAGAUGAAUGGCAGAAGUAUAAUCACAAACCUGAAGAGUACUUAGCUCUACAACCGUUCAUGUAUGCUGGGGUUCUUUACCUGCCUUUUAUUUUAUUAGGAAUAAUGUUCUGCAAGUUUGAAUGGUCCAAAUAUAAAUAACUCAUCCUGGUGGUCAAAUGUGAUAAUGCUGAACCAGGAGAGUUGCUACAUAUUGGUUCAGAAGAUGAUACCCACCUCAACCAUUUGUAACUGUCUUGUUACUAGAGAUGUGUUGGAUAGUUACACCAGGGGGAACAGUGUACCAUGUAUUCAGCAGAAAAAAAAUGUUUGUUAUGAGUUUGGGUUAUAAAUUAUUAGAGUUUUUUGUUGUUAGCUUAUGUCAUGACGCAGGAUCCAUCGUUGUCAACCGUCAGCAUUUCCUUUAAAUCACUUCCUGUGCUGAAUUACUGAAUAUUAUUUGAUGAAAUGUAGUCUAGAGCAUCAUUGGGCCAAGAAGAUCUAAAGUGGUUAAAGGAAGGCUUCCCUGGGGCUGAGGGGUGGGGCCCAAUAGGGGAAAUUGAUAUCAAUUAUUCUAUUUUAAAAUUGCUACUUGUCCUGAAGGACUAGAUGGAUUUCAAUGAAAUUUGAUCUGGAGCAUUUUUAGGAAAAGAAGAUCUAAUAUUGUAGAAACAGGUGUGGCUCCCUUGGGACUGGAGAGAGGAGGUCCAGUGUGGAAAAUACUCAAAAAAAUCCAAUGCAAUUCAAAAUCUUUCUUCUUGAAGAAUCACAGGAUUUGGUCUACAUUUGGGUUGAUAGGAGAGGCAGCAAUAAAUGUAAGAACAUUAUUGUAAUAUAACACAAAUUAAAAUGUUGCCAUGAUUACUGAAAUAUCAAGGUGAGCAAUGCAGGCCCUAUAGGCCUCUUGUUAUAUACUUGUUAUUGUGUUAGCGUUGUAUCCUAAUUUACUAUUAUCUUAAGUCAUUAUUAGACAUAUUACCUGAUCAGUGAUUCAGUCAUAGCACCCAAAGGUUAUAGUUUACAUAUCAUUCACAACUGCUUGCCAACAUAAUAUAUCAACAUACAUAUCUGCAAAACAAUUAUUUACUCACUCCAUUAUUCUAUAAAGUACAUGUACUUUUGUUUGUUGUUUGCUUUGGUUAAACGGACCAUUGAUGGCUGUGGCCAUUUAGCGCCAUAGUGAUUCAUUUACUACCUUAUUAUAAACAUACAUGGGUAGUAUAAUUUGAUCAUCAAAAUAAGAAGUGGGUUAAGAUAAAAAAAGAUAUAGGGAAUAGGUGAUAUGGACCAUGUGAUAUACAUAACAUCAAAGGGGGUAAGGUAGGUAGGAGGGCAUUAGAGUCUGUAGAAGAUAUUCAUGUCUUUCAGAUAGCUGAAUUGUGCAUUCGAUUCUACAGAACUGUAAAGAGUACAAAAUGUUAAGCUAUCUAUAAUUAAAAUUUGUGUAAUUUCUGAUUUCUGGAAAAAUGAUCUCUUGCUGUUUUCAUUAAAUUGAUAAGACGUUUGUAGAGCUACAUAUUUUUGUGUUUUUACACUGAGACAAUUGUGUUUUAUAUUUAUUUAUUCCAAUUUUUAUUGCUGAUUUAGCUGAAGUUUUCUGUUGUAUAAUACUCUGUCUUUACUCUGUAAUACUCCUUUACAAAUGACUUAAUAGUAUAGAUCUGUCAGUAACACAAUGUAAUGUGUAUACAACCAUACAGUGUAUUGUGUUCAUGUUCAUUGACACAAUAUCAAUGUGUAUACAACCAUACAGUGUAUUGUGUUCAUGUUCAAUAACACAAUAUCAAUGUGUAUACAACCAUACAGUGUAUUGUGUUCACGUUCAAUAACACAAUAUCAAUGUGUAUACAACCAUACAGUGUAUUGUGUUCAUGUUCAUUGACACAAUAUCAAUGUGUAUACAACCAUACAGUGUAUUGUGUUCAUGUUCAUAUAAUACAGUCCAGGUAAGAUUUGUUAUUAUUGCAUUUUUGCCAGUGAAAUAUAGAAAUCCAUCAAACAAAUAAAUUUGCAGUGAUGAGCAGUGAAAGUAUAAGAUAUUGCAGUUUUUUCGUUUUUGACCAAUUAUAGCAAACCUUUGUAUUCACUUCAUUGGAACUUGCUGAUUUUUCCAAUCGUAGCGAAGAUAGGUAAAUUGGUUAUUUUGCUGUAUUUCUGAAAUAUUCGGCUGUUUUUCCUUGACAAGAAUACUCACUUGACAUUAGCUUUCAAGCAGGUUCUCCGAUAACAACAGAACACGCUUAAAUUAUUAUGUUAUGUUUACGUCACAAAGAGAUGACGUCAUGAAUCAUGUUAGUGAUUCCCGCACUUUUUGAAACUAUUAAUUUUUCUAUGUUUUUAAUUUUGUUUUUAAGCAAGUUUAGGUUUCUACCCAAGUCUUUCUGUCCAUCCACUUCGUUUUUUCCACACUUUUCCCAGCCAUGCUUCAAGGUAUGUUAGUAAAAGUUGGUGUGUAACUUUAGUAUGAGUAGCUACAGAUCAAGCUUGACUUUCAUUCUGCUUGAAUAAUUUUUGCAAGAGUUAGGGCCCUUACCUUGAUCCACAAUUCAGUUUUCCACACUUUUCUCAGACAUGCUUCAAAGUAUGUUGGGUAAGUUGGUGUGUAGCUUCAGUAUGAGAAGCUACAGAUCAGGUCAGAGUUUCAGAGUUUUUGGGUCAAAGGUAAGGUCACUGUUUCUAUUAUAACAGAGGUUGGUAGGGGACAUGUAUUGCUUUAGCAUUACAUGUACUUUAAUCCUUGUUUGAAAUGAAAUCCAGACAUAUUAUCACAACUGUAAAAUGAUAAUUUGUGAUUGAUAUUAUAGUUACCACCUGAUACAUUGUGUGUUGUUAUUUGUUACAUUCUAAUAUGUUGAUAUAAUAUUAUACUUACCACCUGAUACAUUGUGUGUUAUUUUUACACUCUAAUAUGUUGAUAUAAUAUGAUGAUUUUCUACUAUUAUGUAUAUUUAUUAUCAUUUGAUAUUGUUUGUAUAUGUGUAGAUAUCCAUGUACCUGGCCUUACUAUCGUACAUAUCUAGGAUGCUCCAAACUGAUUUUAUUGUGACAAUCAAAGACUGUAUCGGUCAUUAAUGCACACCAGUUGUCUCCCUUAGCUAGGGGAUAAUUAACAUGUGUGUAGGUAAGUCUAAUUACCUCAUCUAGAUUUUUGUUGUUUAAAGGCUGAGUAUCAAAAUUCACUCAUCCCAGUUACUAUAACUAGAUGUUGCUGUUUUGUAUAGGUCAGCCAUGUUUUAUCCAUGGUUGUUGUUUAACCUUAAAGCUGUGAUAUCUACAUAUUAACUUAUACUUAUACUCUAGAUUUUGAAUGAUAUGUUAAUAAAAUGUUAUUCUAUUA